AUGUUAUCCAGUCCUUUUGAACAAUUUCAAAUACAAUCUUAUAGUUUAUCUUAUACAUUAACUGAUACUAUUUUGAUUGCGUUUAAUCUUUUUUUUCUAUUGCAGUUUAUAUAUUUAACAUUAAGUUUUAAAAUAAGUUAUGUAUAUUUUCAAAGCUUUUUUUAUUCUUUAUUUAAAGGUACGUAUAAUUUUAUAUAUGUUACUAUAUAUUCGUAUCUAGUAGAUAGAACAAAAAUGUUUUUUCCUUUUUUUUUUUAUUUAUUCUUAUUUAUCUGUUUAAGUAAUUUAGUAGGUAUAGUUCCAUUUAGUUUCACAAUAACAAGCCAUUUAAAUAUAACAUUUAGUCUAUCUUUUUUGGUAUGGUGGGCUACUUGUUUAUUAGGUUUUUAUGAAAGUGGUCUUGCUUUUAUUGCUAUAUUUUAUGUAAAAGGUAUUCCUUUUGUAUUAGUUCCAUUUUUGGCAUUAAUAGAAGUUAUAAGUUUUAUUUUUAGAUCUGUAAGUUUGGCGUUACGAUUAUUUGCAAAUAUAGUGGCAGGACAUAUUUUAUUGGAUACAGUUGCUUUGUUUAUAUAUAAAUUAGUAAAUCCAUUAUUUUUUUCAAUUAAAUUUUCAUUAAUAAGUAUAUUACCUAUAAUUUUAUGUGUUGUCUUAAUUUUAUUUGAGCUAGUUGUAGCUAUCUUACAAGGGUAUAUAUUUGUAAUAUUGUCUGUCAUUUAUUUAAAAGAUGCUUACAUAGCACACUAG